AUGACUGAAGAACAGAGAGAACUUCAAGUCGGAGAAGAGGUAGAAAGUCAUGUACCGACUGAGGCCAUUGGCAUGUACCGCCACAGUCUCCUCCUGGUAGCUGAAGUAGCUCAGCCAGCUAUAGUUCCACCACCGGCUCCUGCACCAGCACCAGCUAGGCCGCCUAUUGAUAAAUUGAGGAAGUAUGGUGCUACAGAAUUUAAAGGACGAAAGAAAGAUGAUGCAUCUGCAUCUGCAGCAGAAUAUUGGUUGCAAAGUACAGACAGAGUGCUUCAACAGUUACAGUGUUUCUCAGAAGAUAGUCUAGUAUGUGCAGUGUCACUACUGAAAGAAGAAAUCUACCAAUGGUGGGACACUGUGGCACAAACAGUGCAACCAAUACAGAGGAUAUGGGAGUUUUUCUUGAAUGAGUUUAGAAAGAGAUAUGUAGGAGACAUAUAUAUGGAGGAGAGAAAAAUAGAGUUUAUCUAUUUGAGGCAGGGACGUAUGACAGUAGCUGAGUAUGAAAGGGAGUUUAUUAGAUUGAGCAAAUAUGCCAGGGAGAUGAUUCCUACAGAGGAGGCAAAAUGUAAAAGAUUUGAGCAAGGGUUAAACACUAAGAUCAAGAUGCUUCUAGUUGCCCUUCAAAUCAGAGAUUUUUCAACACUGGUGAAUGCAGCUUUGAAUGUAGAGAAAGUGACGGAAGAAGACCAGAGUAGAUGA